AUGAGCAAAUUAAUAUCAACACCACCACUUGUCAGCUUAAACCCGGCAAAAAGUGUUCAAGAAGUCGAAAUACGUCUUCACGAACCCCUUAUUCAAAAGCCCGGCUCUCGCAAAAAACGAAUAGGCUUGCAAGUAUUAAACGCACUUACCAGACUUGAGCUCCUGUUAAAUAAGGAAGAAGCAUUCGCGAGUGCUGAUCAAGAGGUUCAGAAUAUAUCCCAGCAACAAUAUAAUAGUACCGAAAUUGAUAAUACUAUCAACAUGCUAUUAACAUCAUUGCCACAGCUGGAGGAAGAAGCCAUAGCGAUGAAAAAAGAUAUGAAGACUUAUAUAACAGAAUUAGGUCUUGCCUCGCUUUUCCCUAAAUCCGCACGAAGGCUGGUCGUAUCGAAGCUUGGGACCGGAACUGUGGAUGUACAAGCGCAUUUUAUUGAAAUGACGCUUAUCAAUCAACUCGUGUCUAUUUCUUUGCAACUCCAGCAAGACACAAAACUCGAGAAUCACUUUUAUAUGGCACAUCAAAUAGCACUAUUAUAUCAAUGCCUAGCUCAAGUUGGACAACAUUUUCUCAAAUAUAAACCAUGCGUCGAACUACAUUUUGAUGCGAUAAAAUCGUUGACAAGCCGUUCAAAAGAACCACACAUGAAUGAAGAGCAAAGAGAAUGGUUAUCUCAAUUAACAGCCGAUAUUGUGACUGAAGCAUUAUUCAGCGGUCGGCCUUUUUCUACCGUAUCAGAACCUCUAGCCAACUACAUGACGCUAAUUGGAAAAGUAGACACCCCACCUAUUCCAGAGUAG